AUGUCAGAGUUUAUGCAAACUUUGGAAAAGGCUGCCAAGUCACUCCGUGAUGCUUCAGAAAAUAUUGGACUUCGUUUAGCAGAAAAACAACAAUACCAACAUCACAAAGCCACUAUUGCAACACUUGCUGGUUUGGAUCUUUUUAUGCGCUUUGUGACAAGAAACUCUCAUGACUUUGCUUCAUCUGCGGAAGCCAAAACUUUUGAUGAAUUCAAGGCUAAUCUUUUAUCUAGAGCUAUACUGAUCUUGGAUAAAGCGUCUAUGGCAAGGGUUAGAGCGGCAGAAUUUGGAGCUCAAUUCAUUCAUGAUAAUGCAGUUAUCUUGGUACAGGCUUACUCACGUGUAAUUAUGGGUGUUUUAUACCAUGCUGCCAAUGUACAAAACAAACGAUUCAAGGUUUUAGUUGCAGAAGGACGACCAAAUAGUGAAGGACUUCAAGCGGUAGAAGAAUUAAGAGCAGCUGGUAUUCCAUGUAGAGCUGUAUUAGAUUCAGCAGUAGGAUAUAUUAUGGAUAAAGUAGAUAUGGUAUUUGUAGGUGCAGAAGGCGUUGUUGAAAAUGGUGGUGUGAUCAACCAAAUUGGAACAUAUCAAAUCGCAUUGGUGGCAAAAGCUCUUGGAAAACCAGUUUACGCCGUGGCUGAAAGUUACAAGUUUGUUCGUGUUUAUCCUUUAAAUCAAUAUGAUUUACCAUCAAGUACUCCAGAAAUUGUUAGUUUUACAUCACGUAGAAAAACAUUUAGUAGUAAUAAUCAACAAGAUAUUGUAGAAUUAGCCACAUCGAAUCCUUAUGUAGAUUAUACUCCCCCUCAAUAUUUGACAUUAUUAUUAACUGAUUUAGGUGUUCUCACUCCCAGCGGAGUUAGUGAUGAAUUGAUCAAGUUGUACCUAUAA